AUGCUUUCCGCAGUGAAGCCCCCUUCGCGCUGGAACCCCCUCGCCACACCCUUCGUAUAUCGCGCAAGGACAUCCCCUUCGCCCUCCCACCCCGCACAACACCAACAACAACAUCCGCCUCCUCCCCCUUCAGCAUCAUCUCAACAGCCACAAAUACAAACACAACCACAACCACCACAGUACCCUGUACAGACGCCGAUCGACUCUGCCGGAACCACUGUUACUGUCUCGACACAGCUCACGUCUACACUUGGUCGACAGACGUACGAUGCUUUUCUUGUUCUUGAUGUCGAGGCGACGUGCAUGCAGGGCACCGACUUUCAUUGGCCUAACGAAAUCAUUGAAUGGCCCGUGUGCCUCCUCAUGUGGAAGGACAAGCAGAAUGGUAUGGCGAGCAGGCUGGACGUCGUUGAUGAGUUCAGAAGCUUCGUCAAACCGACUUGGAGACCUUUACUCUCCGCAUUCUGCACCCAACUCACCGGCAUCACCCAGGCCCAAGUCGACUCGGCGCCCCAUUUCCCGCAGGUCGUCAACCAAUUCAACGCCUUCCUGAUCAAGAACGGACUCAUACACCCCGUGACGGGCGAGCGGCUCGUCAGGUUCUGUUGGUGUAGUGAUGGGCCGUUUGAUGUGAGGGAUUUUGUGGUUAAGCAGUGUUUUAUUUCGAAGAUCGCAAUGCCGAGAUGGCUCGCGGGGGAUAUCAUGGACGUGCGGAAGCUCGUUGGGGAGUGGCAUGCUCAGUCGGCGGGGUCGUCGUCUCGGAAGUCCCUCUUCCCCCGGCGCAUCUCCAUGAACAUCGAAUCGCAGCUCCGCGCGCUCGGACUCGGGAAUUUCCAAGGGCGACAACAUAGCGGGAUCGACGACACCCGAAACAUCGCCCGCAUCGUCACCGAACUCGCCCGACGCGGCAUCACACUCAUCCCCAACACGAACAUCCACCCCGGUAAACGAUGGGCAUGGAUGGGCAAGAGCGGUCAGAUAUUGGAGGAAUCGAUCUCCGUCCCUGGUUCGCCCUCCUCAUUCCCUGGUUCGCCCUCCUCAUUCCCUGGUUCGCCCUCCUCAUUCCCUGGUUCGCCCUCCUCACUUGCUGGCCCACCACCACCACGGACGCUGUUUAGCCCUAGCCCGGUGCCUGCGUCUGGGUCGGGGUCGGGAUAUGCGAGUUCGGCGUCGGGGUCUGGGUCUGGGUCGGGUUCGAGUGGGAGUCCCGGAUCGAGUCCGGCGUGGAGUUCGAGUCAUUUGUCGUUUUCUGCAUCUGGGUCGAAUACGACUGCCAAUAAUACGACACCGGUGAACGGAUAUCAGUCGGCUUCGUAUGGACAUGGGUAUUGGCCGGCUGUAGGGAAUGGAGGGAAUGGAGUAGGUGGUGGACAUCCGCCGAUUUAUUCGAGGGUGACUUCGGCGAACUCGGGUUCGUAUUCGGGUGGGCGGGCGCAUGGACAUGGACAUGGAAGGGCGGGUUCGCAGCAGGUUGGGACGCAGCAGCAGCAGGGGCAGGGACAGGCGCAGGGGCAUGCGAGGGCGCAUGUUUGAGCGAGCUCGCCUUUGCCCUCCCAUGCCGCCAACAUGACACGACAAUCCCGACACUUGCGUCCGAUUAUGCUCACCCUUACACACACGCGCGCGCACCCGACUCAUACAUCACAUCACAUCACAGACCGCCACAUCCAUUCCUCCGCAAGUCUUCAUCGACAUCAGCCAGCCAGUCUCCGACCCCAUUCAUCUGCGCCUACACUCACACUCUCAUAUACAGCCCGAUAUGGAUCCUCCCCACUCUGUUCUUUCCUUCUUUUUUCCGUGUACGAUUAUUAUACAGUCAUUUUGAUACCGACUCACUCGACCGCCGGCUUCCACCACUUCACCUUUCCGCCACUUCACCUCUCCACCACUUCAUCCUCCCGCCCUGUACGCGCCUUCGGUUCAUGAGCGCACUCGUCUAUGGAUGGACCAUCGUUCAUAUCAUGAUCUUUUUUUCGCUGUUACCUUUUCCUUCUGUUUUUACAUUUCACUUCAUCACUGCGUGCUUCCUCCUUCCCUGCUCCCUUCCUCUCUACUCCUUUCGAUUAUCUUCUCUUACGCCUCGCCUCUUCAUCGCUGCUACGCUACUUUCGCGCCUCCCUCCGUGUUCCAGUGACUCGUCGCCCUAUUACCUAUUACUCGCCUUGCCUUGCCUUUUCCUGCCUUUUGCUUCACGCCCUUCACGGUUUCUCCUCUUACUCUUACUUGUUCUUGUUCUUGUCGCAUAUUUAGUUUAGAGCUCCGGAUCCAGAUUCCAUCGCUCAUCACGCCUCGCCUCAGUUUUCGUGCGUAUAUUUAUCAUGUUUUACUCUCUUCCUUUGCUCUUCUUUCUUCUGUUCGUCUUUUCUAGCUCCCUGUUCACUGUUCACCUGUCGUGUUUGCCUGUCUCAACUCCACUCCACUCCACUCCGCCUGCCCACCUUUCUUCGUUUCCUGAUCCCUGACACCUGAUUCCUGAUUCCUUGCUACUUAACGUGCCAGCCCUACUUGUCGCACGUCCC